AUGUCGUCCCGGUCUGUUUCUCCAGAAUUCUCUCCCCGAGCCAUGGACGAGGAUCUCGCUCCCGUACCCGCAUACAAAUCCGCCUCAACCACCUCAAUCGACUUCUCGGGUCUCCUCGAGUCUCCGCUUCAGCUCCACGAAGACCUGAAGUCUGGAUGUGGCGGACAGCUGUGGCCUGCCGGUAUGGUACUGGCUCAGCAGAUGCUUCGUUACCACAGAACUUCGCUGAGAAAGGCUCGGAUUCUUGAGCUCGGAGCUGGUGGUGGACUGGUUGGACUGGCGGUGGCUGUUGGGUGUGAACUGGACCAUCCCAUCUACAUUUCCGAUCAAGAAAAUAUGCUCGAUCUGAUGCAGCAGAACAUCAAGCUGAACGGUCUGGAGUCACGUGUAAAGGAAAUCGUGCUGAAUUGGGGUGAUCCGUUGCCAGAAGCAGUUGUCAAGGUGAAACCAGAUCUGAUCCUGGCAGCCGACUGCGUGUACUUCGAGCCCGCCUUCCCCUUACUUCUCGCUACGCUUGAGGACCUCCUUGAGCUGUGCGAGGAAUCCGUCGUCUACUUCUGCUUCAAGAAGCGGAGGAGAGCAGAUAUGCAGUUCAUAAAAAAUGCCAAGAAGAAGUUCCUGGUCGAGGAAAUUGAGGAUCAGGACAGACAGACGUUUUCCAGGGAAGGGCUGUUCUUGUACACAUUCAAACGAAAGCCAUGA